AGCAUGGCAGCAUGCGUUUGUCUUCGUUAUAUGAGUUUAGAUAACCUAAAACCUACAAUAAUAUAGCCUAUCAAUAACAUGUUUAAUGUGUGUAAUUUGUGUUGAUUCUUAAAUAAUUUUAUAAUUUUCCAUUGUAGAUAAAACAAUAGAGGUGAUUCAUAAUUAUAAUGAAGAUGCAAAAACCAAAAUAUUCCAAUUACAAAUCUCAAAAACAAAGAGUCGAUCGCGAGGAGAGUGAAAUACAACAAGAAGGGAAGUUUUACAUGGAUAAACCCGAAAAUUCAGGUUUUAAUCAUCAAUGGUUAGAUUUUACAAACCCUCCCGAUGAAGAUAUAGAGGAGGAUGUAGAUGAUAGUGAGUAUUGGAGGAGGGUUACUAAAGGAAAAGAAGUAUUACCUGCUGCUGACACAGAAAACUUGAAUUGGAGGAAUAGAGGAACGAAAGUUUCUCGUAAAGAGCUGACGAGUGACGAUUCCAUUGAUGACGAGAGUGAUGAUGGAGAUGAUGAUUUUUCGGAUGCAAUGGACAGUGUUGGCUCCGCAGAAGAAAAUGAAGGAGAUGGAGAAUUUACCGAUGAUGACAUGUCUAGUGCGGAUGAAAAGCCAGCAAAAGCCAAUGGAAAGAGAGAUGAAAAUGAGCCGGAAGACAGCUCUUCAAUCUACCAGUAUACUAAAAAGAGUUUGGACGUGCAUGAAGACAUUGAGAAGGGAAAUGCUAUUAGGAAGCAGUAUGAAAUCUGGGAAACCCUUCUGGAAUGCCGAAUCAAACUGCAGAAAUGUCUCGCGGCCUCAAAUAGACUGCCGCAAAUUGAUAAUUUUUCUCAGAUGGUCUCAAAAUUAGCAAAGCCAGAGCAAAAUAAAAUUUCAAAAACUGUCAAACAUUUUGGCAAUACACUCAGUACUUUGAUAGAUUUACAGGCGGCGUUGAUGAGUUGUCAACCGGAGUUUAUUACGUCUUCAAAGCGGAGUAAUGAAGAAGAUGCAGAGAUGAACGAUGGUGGCGAUGAUGAUGAUGAUGCAUCUAUUAGUAGUAGCAUUGCAUCAGGCUUCGAUGGUGUACAAAGUGAGGAAGAGGAGGAGGAGGAGGAGGAGGACGGAGAAGAGGCGCAGCCUCCGCCUGCGAAAAAGCAGCGCAAAGUUGGCGAUUUUAGUCGCGAACUGAGUCGCCAGCGUGAUGUCUACUUGCCGGCACGCAAUGCGGCCAUUCAAAAGUGGAACGAGAAGACGCUGAACGUCGGCGCUCGUGGUGAUUCUAGAGACGGAUUCGGAGCGUUCGCCAACACAACGCUGAAGCAGAUAGAGAAUCUACUCAGCGACAAGACACGCCUCAUCAAACGCACGCAGACCAAACGCUCUGUCUACUGCCCGCUCGAUCCCAAUAGUGCAGCUGCGGACAACACUGAUGAAAAAAAGGAGCUGGCUGAAUUCGAUGAGGAAAUCUUUGACGAUGACGAUUUCUACCAUAGACUUCUGAGAGAGCUAAUCAAUCAAAGAUCCGCAGAUAUUGAUGAUCCCAGCGAACGGGGAAGGCAAUGGAAGGAAUUGCAAAAGGCCAGGAACAAGAUGAAGAGGAACGUCGAUGUGAAGUCGACCAAAGGAAGGAGGUUGAGGUACACGGUGCAUCAGAAGCUGGUCAAUUUCAUGGCUCCCAUUCCAUACAAUUCUUACACAAGUGAAGCCGAAUCAGAACUGUUCAAUUCGUUGUUUGGAAAACUUAAAAGGUGAAACAUAUUACAUGUGAACUAAUUAAUAUAUAUGGAAAACAAAUAUC